CCCCCACGUCCUCUCCUUCUACCCACUUAUUAUUUAUUCAUUGCCCCAAAGGAGCAACCAGGGCCCCGAGCUUCAAACUUUCCCCCCCUAAUGCGAGACGGGGCCAGAUCCCAUCCAACAGAGUUUAAUUUUCAUGGGGCUCUGGGAUCAAAAGAACAGAAACAGCAACAACAAAAGCUCAGCCGCUGCCUGAUUUAAAUCUGGCAGAGUGGGGAAAAUAAAGUGUUGAAUAAACAGACCAAGUUGGAAAAUUUUCAGCAUUAACUAAGAAACAGAGGCUCCAUUUUAGCUGCUUCCUAUCCCUUCUGCCCCAGUUCUAAGGUCCUUGAUCUACUGAGACCAAGGAUGAUGAAUGACUCAGAAGGGAAGAUUGGAUUGGAACACCCAGAGAUCAUGGGGAGCUUCAGAGGUCAUGCCCUCCCUGGAACCUUUUUCUUUAUCACUGGUCUUUGGUGGAGUACAAAGAGUAUUCUGAAGUAUCUCUGCAAAAAACAAAAGCGGACAUGCUACGUUGGUUCCAAAGUAUUAUUCCAUCGAAUAGAAAUUUUGGAGGGAAUUGUAUUGUUUGGCAUGGCUUUAACUGGCAUGGCUGGGGAACAGUUUAUUCCUGGAGGGCCCCACCUGACCUUAUAUGACUAUAAACUGGGCCAGUGGAACCAACUCCUGCGUUGGCAGCAUUUUACCAUGUAUUUCUUCUUUGCGCUGCUGGGCGUGGCCGAAAUCUUAUCUUUUACCAUCAGUUCACUUCCCGUCUCCUUACCCAAGCUAAUGUUGGCAAAUGCCUUAUUUGUGGAGGCUUUUAUCUUUUACAACCACACGCAUGGCCGGGAAAUGCUGGACAUCUUUGUGCACCAGCUGCUGGUCCUGGUCAUCUUUUUAACAGGCCUGGUGGCCUUUCUAGAGUUCCUCACAUGGAACAAUGUACUGCUAGAGCUUCUGCGGUCAAGCCUCAUCCUGCUUCAAGGGAUCUGGUUCUGGCAGAUUGGUUUUGUCCUGUAUCCUCCCAGCGGAGGUCCUGCAUGGGAUCUGAUGGAUCACGACAACAUUUUGUUUCUUGCCAUGUGCUUUUGUUGGCAUUAUGCAUUGACCUUUGUCAUCAUUGGAGCAAAUUAUGGUUUUGUCACCUGGUUGGUUAAAUUUAGAUUUAAGAGGUUCUGCCCCUCAGAAGUUGGACUCCUGAAAAAUGCUGAACGAGAACAAGAAUCAGAAGAAGAGAUGUGAUUUUGAUGGGAAUCCAGUCUUUCUUGAUAAACCUUUUCUGAUUUGAAUUGUCUUUAUUCAUGGUUAUGUUUCUUGACCUUUUGUUUGGAGAACAACUGGCUAAGGACAGCUCUCAGUAUACUGUUUGUAUUUUUGUUAAAGUAUUUGAAUUUAAAUGUUUUAUUUUUAGCUUUGGAGAUAUUUUAGGUGAGAAGUUCAUUUUGCACAUAAUGCAUGUCAUGGUAUUCAGGGGUUAAAAUGACUCUUCCCAUGCCAUCUAAAGUUUGGUGCCAACACUAUUAAAAAUACUUUUUAUUUGCCUUAUAGGUAUGCUCAAGGUUCCUGAGCUUGCUACCAUGUGUAACUUGUUAAACAUGGAAUUACACUUGUUUGUCUUGUUGCUGAAUGAGAAAUAAAUGAAUGCAUGCACCUUGGUAUAGGCACCUCAAA